AUGUUACGACGCACAAUCUUGCAAGCGACGCAGCAUCGCAUAGCUCCAUCCUCUCGAACCUUCGCACGCAGACAAUUUGCAACCCAACCCACUCCACCACCAACGUCCGCAUCCCGCAUCGACCGCUUCAACCGCCGGCUGCCCAAGUUCCUGCACAAAUACACGUCCGCCCUCGCCUCCGCGCCCCUCUCGCACAUAACCUCCUUCCUGAUCCUGCACGAACUCACCGCCAUCAUCCCCCUCUUCGGCCUCGCAGCCACAUUCCACUACACGCACUGGCUGCCCUCGUGGUUCGCAGAAGGUGCAUGGGUGCUCGCCGGCGUCGAGCAGUUCGGCAAGUACUUCAAGCGCAAGGGCUGGAUCCGCAGCGAGGACGUGGCGGAGGCGGAGGCGGAGGUCGAGCUGCGCAGGAGGGAUCAUGUGUGGAAUCUGGGCGAGGGCGGAGCCAGGGUGCUGGUCGAGUUUGCCACGGCGUAUACGAUUACGAAGGUCUUGCUGCCUGUUCGGAUUGUGUUUAGUGUCUGGGGCACCCCGGGGUUUGCGAUGUGGGCGGUUUUGCCGGUUACUAGGAGGUUCAAGACUGUGUUUGUGAGGGCGAAGAAGCCGGAUGUCAAGCAGGCGGCUGGUACUGGGGUGAGGGAAGGUGGGGCUGUGCCGUUGAAGGCUGCUGAGAAGGUUACGAAGAGUUAG